ACAUAAGUUGUUUACAUUGAAAACAUUUCGUGUGCUUUCUUAUAGUAACUACUGUCGAGUUUUGAUUAUGUGAAUUCAAAUAAGGAUUCUUUUUGAGUGUGUUUUUAUAUGGGUAAAUGUGUUUUUCAAAGAUGAUGAAUAAAGUGUUUGGUUAAAGACUAUGGUAAUGUAUGAUUCUACCUAUAAACAAUACAUAUUUUAAACAAGGAAGUUAAUUGCUUCUCAAAACAAUUUAGGUCGAUUGUCCCCGGUGUUAAAUGAUAACAUUUUACUAGAGAUUUCUUUUGAAUUUCACACUAUUUAUUUCAUGAUAGUGAAUUUAAAUGUACAUUUAGAAUUCGGAUUAUAAAGAGAUCUUUUAAAUCAACAAUUAAAAUGGCAGACAACCAAGUUCCGUGUGAAAUGUGUUGUAAGGAACAGGCAGUUGGAUACUGCAAUACAUGUGGAAACAUUGGUGAAUCGUGUUUCGGAAUUCACAAGACAGGAAGGGCAUUCCAAACCCACAUUCUGAAGAUGUACGGAAAUGAUGGAUACAAUUCAAGGAGUUUUAUAUAUGAUAUCACAGAGGAGAUAUGUAAACACCACCCGACUGAAAGGGCGUUAUUAUUUUGUCAAAUUCAUGAAUUAAUGAUUUGUGGUCGAUGUUUUCGUUCGGAUCAUAUUUCAUGUGGUCAUGAGGUUGUUGAUCUGUGUCUUGAGGCAAACCAUAUUGAUAACGACCAAUGUAAUGCUAUGUUUGCAGCUUUAAAUGCUUUUAAGGAUGACAGUAAGCGCAUAAAGAAAGAAGUUGAUAGUAAAAAAGAAAGAAGUAGUGCCCAUGUGGUUAAAUGCAAAACAAAAUUGGAUGAUUUGGAAAAUAGACUAAAACAGAAAGUGGAACAUUCGAUAAGUAGUUUCAAAGAGGACGUGCAAAUAUUUCAAGACGAAAACAUAGCCGCCUUUUCAUGCAUUUCUUCAAUUUGUGAAGAUAACGUGUCCUGGGCUAUUCAAGAGGAAAGUAAACUCAAUGAGUUUGUGAACAACUCAUUUACAGGUCGCCUUUACCUCAUGAGCCGAAAUUUUGAGAAGGGAUUUUCAAAGGCCAAAAAGCAGAUGAAAGAGGCUGAAUAUAAGCAUACCUUUAAAAAUGUUUGUUUAAAGGAAAAUACGGCUGCCUUAAAGUGCUUGAUUGAAGACUUGACUGAUGUUUGCGAACUUCAGGAGGAAGUUGAUGGAAGCGACGAAGUAACCACGUUAUCAAUCGGGAAUGCGACUGUCGAAAAUGAAAAAACUCGUAAGGAGCUUUUCGAAGAAUUAAUCCAAGCGAAACUGGACACAAAUAAAGCAGAAACGGCAAGAAAUGAGAUCAAAGAACAGUUAUUGCAAGCGAAACGGGACUUAGAAAACUCUGAAAAAACACUGAAAGGGCUUGAACAAGAGUCACUGAAUACGAAACAGAACAUGGAGAAAUCUGAAAAGACAAGGGAGAAACUCUGUGAUGAGCUGCAACAAGUAAAACAGAAACUUGAUCAUUCUGAAAAGACAAGGGAGCGAUUCGAACAAGAUUUACAGAAAGUGAAACAGGACAUAGAUAAAUCUGAAAAGAUUAGAAAGGGGAUCGAACAAGAGUUUCUGCAAGUGAAACAGGGAUUGGACAAUUCUGAAAAGUGCAGACAGGAACUGUGUGAUGAGUUGAAAGAAGUUAAACAAGACCGUGAUAAUUCAGAAAAGACAAAGAAAGGACUCGAAAAAGAUUUACAGAAAGCGAAACAGGACAUACAGAAAUCUGAGAAAGAAUGUACAAUACUCCAGGCAAAGUGUACUCACUUGAAGGAAUACAUUAAAUGGACGCAGCCCACUGGAGCAGUGAAGGUCAAGAUUAACCUGGAACAACACUUUCCAAUUGAGUGUUUAUUUACAUUCCCGGAUGGUAUUCAUACGGUAAUCGUUUCUGUUUGUCAAUGACGAGUGUCCAGCUGACGAAUUCUCGCAAAGAUUUUCCUUGAUUCUUACAAAAAGACGAUAAUCACGGCGGAGAUACUUUAUGUGUUAAGAGCAAGAUUUUGUAACAAAGACGGCUCGACCAGGAAAUAAUUGAUUUGGAGUGUAUAUGGGUCCCAUUAGUUAUAUCUAACAAAUAUAUACUAUCUAGUUUAUUGUGUUGACCACCAAAUACGACAGCAACCCAUCCUCGGCACCCACGCGUAUCAUAACCUAAAUGAUACCCUGGGCAAAAUGGCUAGGGAAACUUCAUAAAUCUUGAAAAUUCAUAAUCAUUUUCCGACCAAUGAAAUAGCCGAUAAAAAAGGAAAGAAUCUCCUUUUUGAAUAUCUAUCGUCAUAUUUAACAUUAUCCUGCAUAAAACGAUUUAUAAGCCGUGAUUUCAUUAGAUUAUUACGAACCAAGAUUACAGCCGUAACUUCUAGGCCAUCAUGCGACCAAUCAAGCGGCUGGAAAUCACAUUAUUGAUUAUUUACAAGUUCGAGAAUUUUACAGCUGAUUUGCCCAGGGUAUUAUUUAGGUUAUGAUACGCUGGGGUGCCGAGGAUGCAGCAACCAAGCACACAUAUAUCUUCGAAUCCAUUCAUCUGGCUAUUAAUUCCGGUAUCCACGAAAGAAUCGAAAAAAUUGUGAGAAGUUUUCCGUGUCUUUAAUAAUUGAUAAUCCAACUUACUUUACUGAAUCAUCUGAGGCCAUUACAGAUAUUAUAUUUACAUCAUAGGAAACACUUAUUCAUUCUAGUGUAGCUGCAGAUCCAUUUCUUGACCAAAAUGUAAGAUGUCAAUGUUCCAUCAAAGGACCCUUCAGUUUCGAAAAACCGAACUCUUUUUUGCGAUAUUGAUUUUGACAUCAUAUACUUAUAUCGUAUCAGUUGUACCAGAUAUCUCGAAAAGCUGUAUACCGAACUGACAAGUUCUGGAUCACGAACCUCCCUUGCUAGACAUCACCAUUAGCCGACGUCAUCGGGCUUACUGCAAGGCACGAGGAUAUAACUCAGAACAACGAUUGAACAAGUUCAGAACGCUCCAGAAUGAGACAACUAAUCUAAUCAAAACACAUAUAGCAUCUAUUCCUAGCAGAUAACCUAAAAACUCAAAAUACUUAUUGAAAAAGCUGGUGGUCCUGUCUUAAAAGUGUUGUCAAGUCUACAUUUGUUCAGGCGAUACACCUGUUUCAAUCCAAAACAUAUGUCAUAAACGAUACAAAGACUAAUGCGGAUGACAUAAGGAAGAAAAUCGAGUGCUUGAAAUGAUCCAACAAUAACUUUUAAGAUGCAUUACAGGCGCCAUUAAACUUGUAUCAAUCACUAAAAUCAAGAAAGGAGUCGGAUGAGACACACUGUAAAAUCGUCGUUAUAAACUUCGAUUUAUUCAAUUUUGCAAAAAUAAAAAAGUCAUUCCAGAACAUGUUUGUGAUUUAGUACCACAAACAAUCGAAACUCAAAACCUACUGGUUAUACAACGCUGGUCAUCACAAGCCUUUCCCUGCACGCACUUCUUAUCACUUGAACUCAUUUCUUCCGUCUGUAAUCCGUUGUCUAUUUUUCUAAACAGCAGACUCGAUUUCAUGAUUCAAGGAGCAGCUAAAAAAAUCAUACUCUACCCGGCUUGCUUAUUACCUUCAUGGAAAUAGAACCCUACAAGUGCUUCAUACGCGACUUAACACACAUUGUAGCGUUCUAGCUACUGAUCUCCAUGCUAAAACAUUUUUGCGAGUCCGUACUGUAUUGUACAUUGUGAGGUAAAACACUGUCAUCAUUUCUCUUUUUAAUGUACACGUUUCUUGUCUUCCCGAUUAUAGCUACUUGAGAACAUAACAUGUGCAUCUCCAAGCUGACUUCCAUGUAGUGUUGUGACUAAACGUUCAGUCUUUCAUCUAACAAAUCCAAUUUCAAAUACGUCUAAACCUACGGGGAACAAACUCAAUCCACUUUACAAUGCAUUGUUUUCUAUUGUUGCCUAUACUCGUCAUAUAAUCAUUAUUUGUUUCCAACUGUGAUAAAACAUACAUUUGCAAGUAUUUAUAUAAAUCAAUAGUAUGUGUUUAUUAUUUUUUGUUCAUUUAAACGUUAAUAGUAACCGAAAAGCCAUGAUAAGCUUAACUACUGUGCACACUAAACCUGUUGGAAAGGACUUUCAUAAAAUGUCUACCAUCUUCCAGCCGAAUCCAUUAUUUUGAUAUUAUAUUCAUGAAUUGCAUGGUUGGUAUGUUUCUUUCAAUAUGACAAUGUUUGAAACAAAUACGGAGCAUUAUCAGUAUGCCUUGAAUGUACAUGUUUAAUAUCCAGAUCCAAAUACGAAUUUUUGAUAAUUACUUCAUAGAAAAAAAGCAUCAUCAGUAUGCCCUGAAUUUAUAGGUUUAAUAUGCAGAUCUAAAUACAAACUUGUGAUAAUUACUUUUAAUGAUUUCAAGAUGUGCCCUCGCGAUCAAUGGGAUAUGGUGUCACAGUCUGUUUAAUAUAAUAUAACUAUAAAGGUGUCAGUGACCGUUUGUGCCGUCUUCUCAUACAUAUUCUUAUUUUAAUAUAACUUUGAGUCUUGAAAUAGAUGAAUUUGUUUUGGAGUAAAUUGAUCUGCUUUAUUUUCAUAUAAUCACAGUCAAAUCAAGUUUCAUCAUUCACGUAUGUUACGAAAGCCUGCCUUGUUUAAGAAAACAGUCAGACCUUCUUCCGUAGUUGUUUAAGACAUAUUUCAAAAAGGUCGUAAAUAAUCUACUUACAUAAAAUGUUGCUUUUUGCCAAACGGUACUAAACAUCAGAAAUUAUAAUAGACAUUUAGAAUGAAAAUUAAAAUAUAUAGUGUAUGCUAUAUUAUUAUAUGCAUAGCUUUCCUUAUUAUACGAGCGUUUAGAUGCCCUUAAUAU